AUGGCGGCAGCAGACGGCGAGAACGAGGAGGUGAUGUGCGAUGAUAUCGGCAGCGAUUUGGGCGCGAGCGAGGGCGAAGAGGAGGAGGAGGAGGUGGACGAGGCGGGCGAGGAGGAGGGCGAGCGCGACGAGGAGGUGGACUUGGAAGACGGCAGCGACGCGGAGGGAGACGCGGCGACAGCGGGAAGCAACAAGGGUUCCCCGCUCUCGGAUCGCGAGGGGCCGUGGACGGACGACGAGGUGCAGGCGCUGGUGGACCACCUCGUGCUGCUGGAGGAACAGGCGGCGGAGGCGCAGGAAUCGCUGGAGGAGGAGUCUAUGGAAUCCGUGCGCAGCAACGUUGCGGAAGAGAUCCGCUCCGCGCGCCCGGACUGCUCCCCGGACCAGGUAGCAGUGCUGGUGGACGAGGAGAUGGCAACGCUGCAGGAGAUGUGGGAGAGGGAGCUGAACGCGCUGUUGGAUAAGAUCUCCGAGGCCCAGGAGUGUCUCGAUACUGUUCCAGGCAUAGACCUGCCAGCCGUAUACGCCUUCAUUGAAAAGCACACGUCAAAAGCAGCACGCACAGCGGCUUGGAAGGAGCGCUCGCACUGGAUCACCGACCCUAAGCGCGACGCUGCCAAGGCUGAGGCUCGGCGGCAAAGGGAGGCUUGGAGGAGGGCCGAGGCUCGGGCGGCGGAGCGGAAACGGAGCAAGCGGGCGGCCAAGAGGAAGCGGGGAGAAGGGGAGGAGGAGGGAGAUGAGAGUGAGGAAGAGAGUGAGGAGGGAGAGGAGGACGAUGAGGAUGAGGAGGAUGAAGAUGACUGGGUGCGGGCAGCUGAGAAAGUUUUGGCGCACGCACGGCCUAUUGCAGAGACGAGUAGGGGGCUGGCGCCGGUAGGAGCGAGUGGGUACCUGGAGCAGCUACUGCGCGAUUGCGAGGAGAAGAUGGCAGCAGCGUUGGACUUGAAUGCAAAAGUGGAGGAGAUUGCAGAACCUAAGAUGAAUGAGGUGAAGGAGGCUGCAGCGGUGGUGGAGGAAGCAAAGAAUGGGCUCACGUCACAGCAGAUGGCCAGCAUGGUCAAGAUAAGAGAUGGGGACGAUGAGAAGAAGAUGAAGCAAGCAAGGAGGAGGGUCAGGGAGAGGGUGAAGCGGCAGCAGCAGAAGCAGAAGCAGCAGGAACAGGAGAUGGCAAAAGAGAGGGGCAGUGAUGGGAAGCAGGGAACGGCAGGGAAACCGGCCCAAGGGACGGGUAAAGCUGCUGGGGAGAGCAAGGCAGGGAGGGAGGAGGAGGAGAGAGAGGGCAAGCGACCACGAGUUGUGCUGGUUGUUUCUACUGACAGCAGCGGUAGCAGCGACAGUGAGGGCGUGGAGAUGAUCCGUACUAGCAGCAGCAGUGGAAUGGAGGUGGAGGGGGAGGAGUUGGAGGAGGGGGAGGUGCGGGAGGAUCAGGUGGUGUUGGGAUCCGAUAGCCAAGAGUCAGACGAUGUGAUAGUAGUGGGGGAGACGCGUGGGAAGUCGGAUAGGGAGGUAGAGAAGGGCGCAGUGAGGGGACCAGGCGUUGUGGGCAGAGUGGGACGGAAGGAAGGAGCGAAGGAAGAGGAGGAAGAGGAGGAGUGUUUGGUACGAUGCACCGUAUGCGGGCAAGAGACACCGGCUAAGAGGGCCCGAGUGCAUAGCACCCUCUCGGUCCCCCUCUGCCGAACCUGCCACGUGUCACGCAUCAAUGUGACCUUUUCUGUGGACAAAUCGGACGGUACAGAGCAGCAGUGCCACUGGUGCGGGCUGGGAGGCCACUUGUUGCUCUGUGACACGCCCAAGUGCCGCUUCACAUUCUGCCGCACCUGCGUGUUAAGGAACUUUGGGGCGGCGGAGUAUAGAAGGAUAGAGAGCUCUGAUCCAGAAGGGGGGAAUCCCUGGAAGUGCUUCUGCUGUGAUGCUGGUCCGCUGGCUGGGUUGCAGGCGGAAGGGGCGAAGGUGGUGGCGCGGAGGGGGGUGCGGGCAGCGAGGGGCGUGUGGGGGAAGAAGGAGAAGGAGGGUCAAGGGGAGGGGGAGAAGGGAGCGGGGUUGGAGGGAGUGCGGGAGGAGAAGGCGCGGGGAGAGGGAGGGGAGGGAGGCGAGAGGGAGGCGGAGGGAAGAAAUGCUGAGAGGCCCAUGCUGAGACGAUUCUUAAAGCCUCGCCGGCGAGAGCAGGAAGAGGAGUGGAGGAGGAUGAGGGAGGAGCGGGAGAAGCUGAAGGAGCAGCCUCUGUGGCGGCAGAAGAGGCGCAGGCAGAGGAUGGAGCAGGGGGGAGGGGGAGGGGAGGAGGACGAGGCGGAUGAAGAGGAGGAGGUGCAGCAGGAUGGGUGUGUGGUGAUCAACAAGCUCAGGGCGCUGUCUGAACCUGCUGUGCGCAUUCAUCCGUUCCUCUCAGAGUGCCUCAAAGACCACCAGGUGGAGGGCGUGCGGUUCAUGUGGCAGAACUGCAUUCACAGCAUGGCGCUCGUUCAAAGCGGGGACCCGGGGUUCGGGUGCAUUCUCGCGCACUCCAUGGGGCUGGGGAAGACCCUCCAAGUUAUCACCUUCGUGCACACUGUGCUGAACCAGUUCCACUCGCACGGGCUCCGAACGGUGCUGAUUGUCGCGCCUGUGAACGUGCUGCAUAACUGGAAGGAGGAGUUUCGGCGGUGGAUGCCAGUGGUGGGGAGCGGUGCUGCUGCAAAAGGGGCAGGAGGAGUGGGAGGAGCGGGUAAGGGAGGAGGCAAUGGAGUGGGAGGGGGGGAGGGGAGGGCCAGCGACGUGUGCAAUCGGUGGGGCAGUGGGGAGGGGACGGGUUUCGUUCCAUUGACACCUGGCAGCAUCAUCAAGCAGGCGUUUCUAACUUUGUCGGGUAUACCGGUGUAUCUGCUUGAUGAUGCUGGCAGGGCGAACGCGGAGAGAGCGAGGCAGCUGAGGAGGUGGAAGGAGGGAGGGGGCGUGAUGCUGAUCGGGUACCAGGCGUUUCGCAUGCUGUGCCUGGGCACUCACGUGCAGAAGGAGACGCUGCGACACACCUUCAGAACGUGCCUGCAGGACCCAGGGCCAGACCUGCUGGUGUGUGACGAGGCGCACACGAUCAAGAACGACAAGGCGGACACGACGGUUGCUCUCAAGUGUGUGCGCACCAAGCGCCGCAUUGCUCUCACUGGCUCGCCCCUGCAGAACAACCUCACUGAGUACUAUUGUAUGGUGGACUUUGUACGCGAGGGCACCCUGGGCACGCCACAUGAGUUCAAAAACAGGUUCGAGAACCCGAUCAUCAACGGCCAGCGCUCCGACUCGGACAAGUCAGACGUGCAGCUCAUGCGCGAGCGCUCCUACGUGCUCGCGAACCUCCUCAAGGGAUUUGUGCAGCGCCGCUCAGCAGAUGUUGUCGCGCAUGAGCUGCCUGACCGAUACGUCUACGUAGUGGUCGUGAGACUCAGCCCGCUGCAGCGCUCGCUGUACCUGCGGUUCCUGGCGUAUCGCAGCUCUGCUGUCGCUGCUGCUGCCGCCGCCGCUGCUGCUGCUGCUGGUGGUGCUGCGACUGCUGGUGCUGCUGCUGCUGCUGCUGCCGCUGCUGCCGCUGCUGCUGCCCCACAGUCAGCCCGCAAGGGUUCUUCCUCCUCUCCACCACCACCCGGCACCUCGUCUCCCAUCUCUCCUCUCCCCCCCCACCCGUCGGCCUCUGUCGCUGCCCCCGGAUCCUCCCCUCCCUCUGCUGCGCCCCGCACCUCCCCCAAGCUUGCUGCCUGCUCUAGUGGCCGGCUCUCACCUCCCGGAAGAAAAGCAGCCGACUCUGCUGCCGCUGCUGCUGGCAGUGGUGCUGCUCCUGCUACUCCUCCUGCUGGUGCUACUGCUGGUGGUGCUGGUGGGGGUGGGGCGGCGUCGGGGGGAGUGGAAGACAAGAGGAGGACACUCUUUGCGUCCUAUGCGGCACUCGCCAAGGUGAUUCUAAGACUCGCCAAGGUGAUUCUAAGACUCGCCAAGGUGAUUCUAAGACUCGCCAAGGUGUGGACGCACCCCUUCAUCCUCACCAUGCGUCGCCAGGAGGCUGAUGAAACCGAGCCUGAUACUGACGCUCCUGCCGAUGCUGCCUCGCCCCUCGCCCCACCUGCUGCUGCUGCUGCCACUGUGUCGGCUCUUGACAAUUCGUGGUGGCAGGAGGAAGAGGAGGCGAUACGGCAGGGCGGGUUGGGGGUGAGUGGCAAGCUCACAAUCGCUCUGGAUAUUCUCAAGCAGGCAGCAGCAGCGGGUGACAAGGUGCUCUUCUUCAGCCAGUCGCUGCUCACACUUGACCUCCUGGAACUUCUACUGGCCGACAUGCUCGACCCCAGUGGUGCUGCUGGCGGUGUUGGAGCCAAGUGGACGGCAGGCGUGCACUGGUACAGGAUCGACGGGUCGGUGAGUGCGGCGAGGAGGCAGACGAUAGUAAACAGGUUUAAUGAGCCGCGCAGUAACCGGCAGGCGCGGUGUGUGCUGAUCUCGACGCGCGCUGGGUCGGUGGGGAUCAACCUGGUGGCGGCUAACCGCGUGGUGCUGCUGGACGGGUCCUGGAACCCUGCGCAUGAUUUGCAAGCCAUGUUCCGAGUUUGGAGGUACGGGCAGAACAAGAAGGUGUUUGUGUACAGGCUGCUGGCAGCAGGGACCAUGGAGGAGAAGAUCUACAACCGCCAGGUGCUGAAGGAGGGUUUGUCAGCACGAGUGGUGGAUGAGCAGCAGGUGGUGCGGCACUUCACAGACCGUGACCUGGACGGGCUCUACUCCCUUGAUGAUGAACAUGCUUCUCAUGCUCACGCUUCUCAUGCUCCACACCACACCGGUUCGCACGCGGAGAAACACGCAGAGCAGCAGCAGGAGGGUGUGCAACAGCAGAAGAGCGAGGAGGGAGGGUCGGGGAAGCAAGGGCAGAGAGGCGGGAUUGAGGAGGGAAAGGAGAGGGAGAUAGCAGAUGCAAUUAUGCGGAAGAUCCUGGCAGAUCACAAGGACAGGUGGAUUGUCAGGUGGCAUGAGCACGAGCCUCUGCUUCGGGAGGUGGAGCAUCAUCUGUCUAAGGAAGAGCAGGAGACAGCUAUGAAAUCGUACUGCGAUGCCGAGGAUAAAGAGACCAUGGAUAACACAAAGAUGCUCUAUCUUGGCUGCACGUACCAGCCCGGACAGUUCAUUCUAGUCCCUCCGCUUGGUGUUCCCGGCCUUGCUACUGGUGGACAUGGUGGGUUUGGUGGAGCUGCUGGUUUGGGGAAAGGCACGAUGGUUUCUUCUCCUCUGACUCGUCAGGAGUUGAAAAAACUGGGCCAUACUGCUGUAUCACUUGUGUGCCGCCCAACUCUCCGCCUCCUGCGCUCUAUCGCCAUGGCUGUACCGGCGCACCUUCACGCACUUCCGCCGCUACCCUAUCCUUCCGCACUCACAUUCCCAUCGCGCACGUCGCGCGCACUGGGCGCGCCGCAAUGCACUCUGCCUCUUAGACGACGGGUGCACGACUUUCUCAGCGGCGAGCCUGCGCGUACAGCAGGGAGCAUCCAUGGAGAAUGGAAUAGAUCCGCGCAGCGAGGAUUCCGGGAAGGAGGGCGACGCGCCGGCAGUAGGGAGUCAAUUGUCGCUGCGAUUGGGGGAUCUAGUGGGGGGACUGCAGCGCCGUCGCGUGGACAAGGGAGCGGCGUCCCGCAAGCCAAUCACACGUCGAGCUCAUCCGACUCGGACUCUGACACUUCUCCUGCCCGUCAAUCCUCCUCACUCUCCGCCUCCGCCGCCUCCUCCGCAUCCGCAGCUGCCGCCAAUUCCGCCUCCGCGCGCCACCGGCUCCGCGGGUUGCGCGCCGAUGACAUCCGCCACCCGCUGGACCGCCAGAACACCGCGCUCCUGCGCGCAAUUCCCGGGUUAAACGACCUCGGCCGCGUGCUCUUAGGCCCGGUACAGGAGCAGAUUCUCGUGCUGGAAAAUCUCGGGUCGGGAGUGCUCGUUUCCCCGCAGCAGCUGCCGUCUCUCCACGCGCUAAUGGAAGAAGCGGCCGCCGCGCUCGACAUGCCGUCGCCGCCGGACCUAUAUGUGCGGCAGAGCCCCGUUCCUAACGCGUACACGCUCGCGAUCAACGGCCAGAAGCCGUUUGUGGUGGUUCAUACAGCGCUACUAGACCUCCUCUCGCCGAUCGAAGUCCAGGCCGUGCUCGCGCACGAGUUAGGGCACUUAAAGUGCGAGCACGGGCUCUGGCUCACCUUCGCGAAUCUCCUCGCGCUCGGCGCCGCGAGCUCGCUGCCGGGAUUCCUCGGCACGAUGCUCGCGCGCGGGCUGGAAGACCAGCUGCUGCGGUGGCUGCGCGCGGCGGAGCUGACGUGCGACCGCGCGGCGCUGGUCGUCGUGCGCGAUCCCCGCGUGGUCGUAUCCGUACUGAUGAAGCUCGCGGGCGGAAGCACUAGCGGAGGCGGAAGCGGAUGGGGUGUGGGGCGCGCGGGGGGAGGCCCCGGGGGAAAUGACUGGGGCUGGGCGGGGAUGGGGGGAGCCAGGGCGGGGUCGUCCGCGGGGGCUGCUGGCGCAGGGGGGAAUGAGGGCGGGGGUAGCAGGGGUAGCUGGUGGGCAGAAGAAUUGAGUGUUGACGCUUUUUUGGCGCAAGCGAGGUCUUAUGACGAGGCUGCAAAUAGCGGGCCACUAGCGUGGUACCUACGGAAUGCGCAGACGCGACAGCUGGCGCACCCGUUGCCCGUCCUGCGCGCUAGAGAGGUGGACCGAUGGGCUAGAAGCCCGGAGUUUAAGGUGCUGAUGGGGCGAGGUAAUGUUCCAUCAGCAGGUAUGGUGGGGGCAGCCAAAGGGGCAGGCGCUGGUGGUGGAAGAACUGCUGGGAGCAGUGAGGAAGCUUCUGGGAAUGGCAUGUCUGGCUCUGCUAGGAAGGACAGUGGAAGAACGAUGGGUGAUGGGCAGACAGGGUUAGGGAAUGAGAUUGGGACUGGCCCAGCAAGCUGCGUCGUCAUGGCAUCCAUCGCCGCCACAGCCCUAGCGCCGACUGCGCGGCUCGCCACCCCUCCCUCCGCUUCCGCGGCUUCUGAUGCUUCUUCCGCCGGUGCGACCCCUCUUCUUCCGCUCCGCUCCGGAUCAUCCGGUCGUCCACUCUCCCGCCAGAGCGCAGCGUUCUCCACGCCUUCUCUCGGAGAAUUCGCGCAACCUUCCGCCGCUUCCGCGCGGGGGCGUCGAGGCGCAGUGCUUGUUCGGGCUGAGUCGGUGGAAGCCAAAGUGGCAAGAGAAGAGACACAACCUGGCGCGGCAGCGUCUGCAUGUUCAGAUUCCGAGGGCGAAGACGCCUCCGCUCCGCGUCUCACGGUGGCGCAGAAGCUGCAGCUGCAGAUGUCCUCCCCGACCUCCCUUCCCGACGGCACCACCAUCCCGCUCCCCAUCGGCGGGCGGCGGCGCGUGCUCUCCGCCUCGUACCCGCUCGCGGCUUGGACGCCCGCGCAGAAGCGCAACCUGGCGCGCGCAACGCUGCUCAGCAAGGUGGGGGAGCGGAACGACUCGCCGCUCUUCGCCACAAUCGGCGCGCUUGUUCUCGGCCCCCCAGUCGUCAUCCUAGCCGUCGCUUUUUUCUCCGGAUACGUCGACUUUCUGGGCUGA